UCGUCGCACGACGCAUUACAAAAUAAUUUACUUUAUCUCCUGCACAAGUGCAUAUUAUUUGCCUUUUAUUGAAUAAUUCUAGUGUAAAGUGAUACUAACCGACUUAAAAGGAAGACUAUCAUAUUAACUAUAUUGGAUUUUAGUGUAGUUUUAUAAUAAUGAGCGAUACAACAUUAGCAUUCCCGCGCAAGCUCGCCAAACGCUUCAUACUGAUGUACCGAGACCUACCGUGUCUGUGGGACACGAAAUGCGUGCACUACAAACAGAGAGCGAAGAGACAGGAAGCUAUCGCUAAACUGACGAGUCUGGUGCACGAAUACGACCCGAGCGCGACCCCUGUCCACGUGAUGCGCAAGAUUGAGAGCCUGCGGGCGUGCGCGCGGCGCGAGAACAAGCGCGUGCGGGACAGCCUCGCGGCGGGCGGCGACGUGUACGUGCCGCAGCUGUGGUACUACGACCUCAUCUCGUUCGUGUUCGGCCGCCGGGCCGAAGUCAAGCAGUGCCCGGAGUCGGAGGAAGAAGACGAAACACCAAAGGACAUCUCAGAAGACGUGUACGAGGCUGACAGCUACCAGGAGAUCAGCAUACCCGCCAUGAUCGACAUCAGCAGCAGCAUGCCGCGCCAGCCGCAGUACUACGAGGAGCACAAGCGGCCCGGCGUGACCGACGAGUACGACGCUAUAGGUAUAAACGUGGCGGCCAAGCUCCGGAACCUGCCCUCCAACACCCGCAUCAUCGCCGAGAAGCUCAUCAACGACGUGCUGUUCCAGGCGCAAGUGAACGGCCUCACUUCUUCCACCUUCAUCUCCACACCAGACCCCUUCAAGUAGCUUCAAAACUGUACCGACUCCUUGAAGUAUUUUCAAAAGUGUACCGAGACAGGUACUUUUAACAAGCGCACAGUUAAUGCUCUGGUGACUGCUGAUGUCUGGUUUUAAAGCAUGUAGACUGUAUAUAUUUGAAAUGUGCCCCUCGCAAAGAGCCUCUUGUUGCAGAAGUUCUUUACUAGAUAAUUAUAGCUAGUAAUAAGUUAUAAGCUUCGCUUAUCUGUGGACUAGUAUUUAAUCCACAGAUCACGGAGAUCGUAUUUUAUAGACUCUAGCAUCUAGUGAUUAUUGUAA